AUGGCGAACCGCACGGUGAAGGAUGCCCACAGCAUUCACGGCACCAACCCGCAGUACUUGGUGGAGAAGAUCAUUCGGACUCGAAUCUACGAGUCCAAGUACUGGAAGGAGGAGUGCUUUGGGCUGACGGCUGAACUUGUAGUUGAUAAAGCCAUGGAGUUAAGGUUUGUCGGUGGCGUCUAUGGUGGCAACAUAAAGCCAACUCCCUUUCUGUGUUUGACCUUGAAGAUGCUUCAGAUUCAGCCAGAGAAAGAUAUCAUUGUUGAGUUUAUAAAAAAUGAAGACUUCAAGUAUGUCCGCAUGUUGGGAGCACUUUAUAUGAGGCUGACAGGCACUGCAAUUGAUUGCUACAAAUACUUGGAGCCCCUAUACAAUGACUAUAGAAAAAUUAAGAGUCAGAACCGAAAUGGAGAGUUUGAAUUGAUGCAUGUAGAUGAGUUCAUUGAUGAACUACUACACAGCGAGAGAGUCUGUGAUAUCAUCCUGCCCCGGCUACAGAAACGCUAUGUGCUAGAGGAAGCGGAGCAGUUGGAGCCUCGGGUUAGUGCUCUCGAAGAGGACAUGGAUGAUGUGGAGUCCAGUGAAGAGGAGGAGGAAGAGGAUGAGAAGUUGGAGAGGGUACCAUCGCCUGAUCACCGCCGGAGAAGUUACCGAGACUUGGACAAGCCCCGCCGCUCUCCCACACUGCGCUACAGGAGAAGUAGGAGCAGGUCUCCUAGAAGGAGGAGUCGGUCUCCAAAAAGGAGGAGCCCUUCCCCUCGCCGAGAGAGGCAUCGGAGCAAAAGUCCAAGACGUCACCGCAGCAGGUCCCGAGAUAGACGACACAGAUCCCGCUCCAAGUCCCCAGGUCAUCACCGUAGUCACAGACACAGGAGCCACUCAAAAUCUCCUGAAAGAUCUAAGAAGAGCCACAAGAAGAGCCGGAGAGGGAAUGAGUAA